AUGGUUGAUGAGAUAAUGGAUAUUAGUGUUGAUGUGUUAAAUAGUAUCUCUCUCAAGGAAGCUUUUCAGAAGCUUUUUCAACCAGGGAUUCUAGAUGGAAAUAACAAAUACAAGUGUGAUAACUGUAAAAAGUUGGUAGCAGCAAGAAAACAGAUAUGUAUACUAAACACUAAAUUGGCGAUAGCUGGGAGUGUGACACAUAAUGUGAUCAGGGAUUUGUUUGGUGUGAAAUUAGACAUGACUAAAUAUGCAGAGCAAGAGAUUCGAAAACUGAAGCGACAAAUCGAUGAUUUACGUGAAGAAAGAGACAGAUGCAUUUCACAAAUAUAUAGGAAAGAAGAAGACAUACUUGCUGGUAAGAUGAGUAUGGCGUUGAUUGCUAGUUCGGUUUCAAAAGGGGAUUAUAGAUCCAUGAAGGAUAUCACAUACUUCGUGUUGACUAUUGGUUUUGUGAUGGGCGUUACUUUGGUUGCAAUAUUGGGAGUUUCAUUUGGUUCCAUAGUUACACUUCAGCCUUUGAAUGCUUUGGCUUUUAUUGUUGAUGGUUUGCAUUACGGGGUUUCAGACUUCCCAUAUGUUGCUUAUUCCAUGAUGCUUGUUGGGAUUUUAUCAUCUGCUUUUCUUUUCUAUGCUCCCUCUGGUUUUGGUCUUCAUGGUGUUUGGUCGGGUUUGACUCUCUUCAUGGGAUUACGAAAGUUGGCAGGGCGUAUUAGGUAA